AAUCGGGUUGCGUGGCUCUCAACCGCGUUGAUUGGGCAAUCGGAGCGAUGGUUCGAUGCUCUACGGCUUGAGCUCUGGCGUAGCCUGCCUGCUGCUGCUGGCGCUACAAGGGUUAGUCACCUUCCUGUACCUGCACCAUGGCCUGCCGGCGCGUUCCAACGUCGUCCAGGGCCCCUUCGCCCUGCGCGCACAAGAGCCGCUGGUGGUGCAAACCGUGCCCCUUCACCUCCAUAGCUUCGGCGCUGCGCCUCCCUCUCCACCCGCACCCGCGCGGGUGGCGCUGCGCGCGGUCCGCGGCGCCCGCGGAGCCGCGGAGCAGGUGGCGGCGAAGCCGGCGCCGGCGCCGGCGUGGCGCGGGGCUUCCAACGGGUCUGCGCCGGAGAAGCCCUGUUGGUACCAAGAGGAAGCGACGCGGGGCACGGGGAUGACUUGGAGUUUCGGGCCGCCGCUACGUCUGAGGAUGCGCCUGGCAGGCUUCGGCGCGCUUGGCCUGGAGGUGGCCAACACAGGGCGCAAGAGCGGCGCGCGAGUGGAGGUGGCGCUGGCGGGGCACGCCUUGCCGAGCAUCGCUCCGGGGGAGACCUGCCACCUGGUCUUGGCCUUCCGAGACUUAGAGCUGGGUGCGGCGAGCCUGGAGCUGCUGGACCUGCGCAGCCAGGUUCAGGUCUUCGCGCACCAUUGCCCCAAGAAGGUGGAGGGGCCGCCCUUGGAGGUGCUUGGCCUGGCGGGCCUGACGCCUUUGUGCCGGGAAGGCCAGCAAGUCUGGGUGGGCUGGUCUGGCUGCUCAGCGUCCGGCCACGACUGGUGCUGAGCUCCUCCAAAGCUUGGGUGCAGCUGCCCGAGGAAAGGCUCUUGGUGCCUGCGUGGCAGCUGCUGCCCGCGGACAACCGCAGCGAGCUCGAUGACCUCGACAGCACCGUGCAGCGCUGCCCCGCCUUUGCGCAGUC